AUAUGAAUUUAUUAUAUUAUAUAAUAUUAAUCUAUAGUUUGUAUCGUUAGGUCACUAAUAAUCUGCAAUUAGAAUAUAACCCAACUGAUAACCUACAAUUCCAUAAAUUGUGAUCUAAAAAUAACAACUAUAGAUUAAUAUUAAUUAAUAUUGAUAUUUUAUAAUAAUAUAAGAUAUUUCAUAUAUAAUUUAAUUAGGUUUCUGCAUUGGGUACAAUAUCUUUAGAUAUGGUACUUGUAUAUGCAACUCGGAUAAAGUGUGCUUACCUUAAUAUUCGUGCUAUACCUGGAUUGAAACUUGAUUAUCCUGAAUCUUAUGAUAAAGUUUUAGAUCAAAUAAAAAUAGGUGCUAAAAGAUUUGAAUAUCAUAAAGUAGAGGGAACUCAUCAUGUACAUUUAAAUUAUCCUGAAAAAAUUGCACCUAUAAUUAACAGUUUUAUAAGUACUUAAUGAUAAGCAAAGUUUAGAUGUAAACUGAUAGGGGUAAGAUAGCAAGUGUUAAAUUAGAAAAAUUAGUUUUUUGCAAGCCACAUUAAAUGUAUAUAAAAAUAUUAAUUUAAACAUAUAAUUAUUUUAGUACAUCUAUACAUUCUGUAUGUGUUAUGUACAAACAAUGAAAAUGUAUUACAAUAUUACAUUAUCUUAUGUACUUCCACAA